GUCAACGCUUUGUGCUGGCAACACUGGCGUAUGUCAAAAAGAUUAGUCAGUCCCCCAGCGACCCAACAACGUCAAUCAUCGUAAACAAGUCGGUGCUGCUAAAUUCCAGUAACAUAAAGCAAGUGAAGCUGAAAUUUGAUAAGGACUAAAUAAUUUAACUAAACAGCGGCAAUGCAGAGGGCAAGAACUUUGCUAUCGGCGGUUAGAGGGCCCACAGGUCAGAAAUUUGCAGCCUGGCUAAUAAACAACUCGCCCGCGGGAAGCUUCACUUGCAUCCAAUGUAGGGCCUACAAUGUUCCAGCUGCCGCCGAACCCUUCCUCAAUGGCAGCUCAAGCCAGUAUGUGGAGGAUAUGUAUAAUGCCUGGCUAGCCGACCCUUCUAGUGUUCAUGCAUCAUGGGAUGCCUUUUUUCGAAACUCUCAAAGCGGUGGAGCAGGUUAUCAAUCCCCACCCUCUCUUGCUCUUCCAGGCAAAAAUGAAGUGCCCCUUGGAGCACUAAUACCCAGUUUGAGUGGGGCAGGGGCUAUUGGAACAGCAGGUGUCAGUGAGAAGAUAAUUGAUGAUCAUUUAGCGGUACAGGCUAUCAUUAGAAGUUAUCAAAUCCGUGGCCAUCACAUAGCCAAAUUGGACCCCUUGGGUAUCAAUAGCGCCGAUUUGGACGACCAAACACCCCAGGAGCUGGUCUACAAAAAUUAUAAUUUUGAGCACCCUUCGAAAACGUACUCGGAAGAACUCAGAAGGCAGGUGAAGGAAUUCAUGCGACAUGAGACCGACAUGGAUCGAGUUUUUAAAUUACCAUCGACUACAUUUAUCGGCGGCCAAGAGAAAUCCUUGCCGCUUAGGGAAAUUUUGCGUCGCCUGGAACUUUCUUAUUGCAGACACAUUGGCGUCGAAUUUAUGUUUAUCAAUAGCUUGGAGCAGUGUAACUGGAUCAGACAACGAUUGGAGACCCCCGGCUGUAUGGAUUUGUCCAACGAGCAGAAGAGGCUCAUUUUGGCUCGGCUGACUCGCGCCACUGGCUUUGAAUCUUUCUUGGCUCGUAAGUGGUCGUCCGAAAAAAGAUUCGGGUUGGAGGGUUGCGAAAUGCUUAUACCCGCAAUGAAAACCGUAAUCGACAAGUCGACCGAGCUCGGAGUCGAAAGUAUAGUGAUGGGAAUGCCCCACAGGGGGCGCCUGAACGUUUUGGCCAACGUCUGUCGUAAGCCUUUGUAUCAGCUGUUUACUCAGUUUGCAGGGCUAGAAGCCGCAGACGAUGGUUCGGGCGACGUUAAAUACCACUUGGGAACCUAUAUAGAGAGAUUGAAUCGCGUUACGAACAAAAACAUUCGAUUGGCCGUAGUAGCCAACCCUUCGCAUUUAGAGACGGUGGAUCCGGUGGUUGAAGGGAAAACGAGGGCGGAACAGUUCUACAGAGGCGACGGCGAAGGCAAAAAGGUUAUGUCGAUGCUGCUGCACGGCGACGCCGCCUUUGCCGGCCAAGGCGUUGUGUUUGAGACCAUGCACUUAUCUGAAUUGCCAGAUUACACGACCCACGGCACCGUCCAUAUCGUCGUGAACAACCAAAUCGGUUUCACUACCGACCCAAGAUUUUCAAGGUCCUCUCCGUACUGUACUGACGUGGCCCGAGUGGUCAACGCUCCCAUUUUCCACGUCAACGGUGACGAUCCCGAAAGCGUGAUCCACGUGUGCAACAUUGCGGCGGAAUGGCGGGCCACCUUCCACAAAGACGUGGUUAUCGACCUGGUGUGUUACCGCCGAUACGGCCACAACGAACUCGACGAACCGAUGUUCACCCAACCUCUCAUGUAUCGUAAAGUACGGAGUCUGAAACCUUGCCUCGACAAGUACGCCGACCAAUUGAUCAGCGAGGGCGCUGUCAACGAGGCGGAAGUCAAAGACGUGAAGGAAAAAUACGACAAAAUCUGCGAGGAAGCGUUGGAAAGGGCGCGGCAAGAGACGCACAUUAAAUACAAGGACUGGAUAGAUAGUCCGUGGUCCGGGUUCUUCGAGGGCAAGGAUCCCCUGAAGGUGAACCCGACGGGAGUCGUCGAGGACACGUUGGUUCAUAUCGGAAAGAGGUUCUCGUCGCCUCCGCCGAACGCGGCGGAGUUUAUUAUCCACAAGGGUAUCGAAAGGAUUUUAAAAUCGAGGAUGGAGAUGGUGGAAAAUCGCAUUUGCGAUUGGGCGCUCGGCGAGGCGAUGGCCUUCGGUUCUCUGCUGAAGGAGGGGAUCCACGUGAGGUUGUCCGGGCAAGACGUGGAGAGAGGCACUUUUUCGCAUAGGCAUCACGUGUUGCACCAUCAGACCGUCGACAAGGCCACUUACAGACCUUUGUGCAAUCUGUACCCCGAUCAGGCGCCCUACACUGUAUGCAACAGCUCUCUGUCAGAGUACGGCGUGUUGGGUUUCGAAUUAGGCUAUUCUAUGACCAAUCCUAACGCUUUGGUAAUGUGGGAAGCCCAAUUCGGAGACUUCGCCAACACGGCCCAAUGUAUAAUCGACACUUUACUCUCCAGCGGUCAGUCCAAGUGGGUCAGGCAGACCGGUUUGGUCAUGCUAUUGCCGCACGGCAUGGAAGGACAAGGUCCGGAACACUCGAGCGCCCGCCUCGAACGUUUCUUGCAAAUGUCGUCCGACGAUCCGGACUAUUUCCCGCCGGAAAGUGACGAUUUCGCCGUACGUCAGCUGCACGACAUCAACUGGAUCAUUGCGAAUUGCACCACUCCGGCCAACUUGUUCCAUCUGCUCAGGAGGCAGAUCGCGCUGCCUUUCCGCAAACCCCUCAUAAUAAUGACUCCGAAGAGUCUGCUGAGACAUCCGGAAGCGAGGAGCUCUUUCGACGAAAUGGUCGAGGGCACCGAAUUUCAACGUAUCAUCGCCGACGACGGACCGGCCGCCCAGAAUCCGCAAUGCGUUCAAAAAUUGAUAUUUUGCUCGGGGAAGGUGUUUUACGAUUUGAGGAAAAUCAACAAGGAGAAGGGCAUCGAAGAUAAAAUCGCGCUUAUCAGAGUCGAGCAGUUAACACCCUUCCCGUUCGACUUGGUCAAAGCGGAGUGCGAAAAGUAUCCCAAUGCGCAAAUCGCGUGGGCCCAGGAAGAGCACAAGAACCAGGGAGGUUGGGCCUACGUUAAGCCCAGAUUUGAAACGACUCUUGCCGGACAAAGAGACAUUGUCUCAAAAAAAGCAAACUGGCUCUCUAGAAUGUUCGGCAAACGUACACCUGAACCGAGAGACGAUGGUAUUAAACCUGAUAAUAGAAUUGUUAGCUAUAUCGGCCGACCUGUAGCGGCAAGCACCGCCACGGGCAGCAAAGCCCAACAUCUGAAAGAGUUGAAAAAUCUUCUCGAUGAUGCUACGAGACUUUAAGGUGUCGUCGAUUUCAAAAAUUUGUGCCGGCUAGUAUUUGGGCAGACCUUUUUGAGGAAUUUAGAAAAUCAGUCCACCCUUACUUAAUACUAUUUAUUGUAGACAGAAACGUACACCUACCUAAUACUGUUUGGAGAAACACUACAGGAGAAUAUUGCUAAGAUCCGUGAGCUAGUUUAUUUUUGGAAUGUUUAAAAUAAAAUAUUUCUUGUUGAUGGAUAUCGCUUGAUUUAAAUAAACAUGGCAGUGCACUUUUUCACGCGAAUCAAAUACUGCACCGUUUAGUUGAAAUCUGUAAUUAUUGUAAAUAAUAAUACUCUGUCAAAUUAUUUUUCCAUAUAUUUCUUGUUGUUUUAUGUAUAUAUUGUAUUGCUUUGAAAUGUUUCCUAUAUUACCUGUGUUGGAAUAUUAAGAGAAUCGAUUUUGAUAAAAAAACAAAAAACAAAAAAUGCUGGCAUUCAUUAUAUUUUUUGGAAACUUUUAGGGUUCGGGAGAGGGGUAUGUGCGAUGUUGAAUUUGAUUUUCAGGACUGAGGUAUUUCAAGUAUUUGUUAAAGUUGUUUUAGCCCUUAUUAAUUUAUUGUUGUAUUAAAUUUUCGGAUAAAUGUUAAGACGACCACUAUAAAUUUGUUGCUUAACUUUCA